CGAGAUCUAGCCAUCCUGUAACCCGUUUUUGCCCUCGUCGUCCGAACAUUGACACACACACACACACUCACACACACACACACACACACACACGUAUUACCCACACCAACACACACACUCUAAUAUACUAUUCUAAAAUGACAGCAUCCACAAUUUCACACUCGUGGCGGUAGAGGAAAACAAACAGGUCUUUUAACUAAGCAGAGGCCAGAGUCGAGAGAGGAACACGUGAGCACUGAUUGAGCCCUGAGAAAGUGGAAAGCAAGUGUUAAUACUACAUUCAGUUCGUCAGCGGGAGGCCAGCAAUUAAGGACGAAGAGAACUUGCAUCUUUGGCACCUCAGCAUGGAGGGAGACACUCUAGGCCAGGAGAUGGUGGCCGCCGUCAGGGAGGUGCUGGGGAGGAAGGUGCUGCUCGGAACCGGAGAGCGGGGCGGGGGACUCAUUAGUGAGGGCGAGGUGUUCCUGACUGACACAGGGAAGGUGUUUAUCAAGUGGAACAGGAGAGAGAAGGCGCUGGACAUGUACAAGGGUGAGUGGGCAGGUCUGGAGCAACUCAGGGCUACUGGCGAGGUGCGGGUGCCGGAGCCCCUCGCCGCGGUGGGCCUUCCUGGGAGCGGUGCGGCGCUAGUGCUGGAGUACCUGCCCAUGCGUGAUCUACAUCACCACUCCCUCACACUCGCCCGCCAGCUGGCCAGACUGCACCUCCAGAACCCCUUGGCCAGUACUCACCCGGGCGGCAGUCGCGUGGGGCAGGGGGACGCGUGCUCCACCUUCGUGCCUCACUUCGGCUUCCACUCCCCUACGCCCUGCGGCUACAUCCUGCAGGACAACACUUGGUGCGACGACUGGCAGACAUUUUUCAGCAGAAAGCUUCAGCAGCAGAUUUCCAUGAUCGAGACAGAGUACGGAGACCGCGAGGUGUUGGAGCUGUGGUCGAGGCUUCAGACACAAAUGCCUCGCUUCUUCGCGGGCGUGAAGGUGCUUCCGUCGCUCCUGCAUGGCGACCUGUGGAUAGGAAACUCGGCAGAGACACCGCAAGGCCCAGUUCUCUUUGAUCCUGGAGUUUUCUACGGCCACCACGAAUACGAGAGCGCCGUGUCACCCCUUGUCCCGCCUGGCUUCGGGGAGAGUUUCUGGGCCGAGUACCACGCCGCCAUACCCAAAGCUCCGGGCUGGGCGGCGAGACAAAAGCUGUAUAGGCUGUUCCACAAAUUCAACCAGUGGAACCACUUCGGCCUUCAGUAUCAGUCAGCCUGCGUUAAGCUGAUGAGAGAAUUGUGUGGAUGAGGCAUCAACACUACUACUAACACAAGACAGGGCGACACUCAUAGGAUCGUCAACUGAAGGAAAACACGCGAAAGAAGACACUUAACAGAAGAUCCAUUAAGAAAUUUAAAUCCUCGCUUGCUACGAAACUCAAUAUCAAGAUCAACAAGAAGACAAAUACUCACCAUGUGGCUCAAAAUCUAUAUAGGUGAGACUCAAAGGAUCGACACGAGUCAGCAGAAGAUCAACAAAGAGCAGAACACAAUAAAUAGGAUUCUCAUGAAGAAGGUCAACGUCAACAAUGAUCGUGAAACUUAAAAGGUCAACAGAAUAUCAAUAAAUGGCAUAGUGCAAUCAACAGGAGGUCGAGUAGGAGGAUUAACAUGAGGGUAAAUGCGGGGACGAACAGUGACCGAUCUUAAACACCCUCCUCUCUUCCACCUUCGUCUUAACACUGCCACUCUGUGCCUUGUGGGCUUGUUCUUUUAGUGUCGAUUAUUGCUUGACUUUCACGUAAACCUCGAUAUUUAUGGUUUCAGGGGACAGGCACACACACACACACACACACACACACACACACACACACACACACACACACACACACACACACACACACACACAAAGGAAUAUAUGUAAAAAUCAAACGGACAUCACAGACAGGAAAAAAAAGGUCAGAUACAAGAAAAGUACAUUGAAGAAAAGAAAAUUAUAGCAAAACCAGCCAAGGAAAAAAAAAAAAAAGAAAUACUUAUCUGAUGUACAAAUUUAGUGUACUCUUAAUACUGUAACUCAAAGCAGACCACUCCAUGUGUAACUUCAAACUAAGGCAAACUUAGAAGACAAUUAACCAGAACAUUGAAAUAGUGCAGCAACUGACAGGGAAGCUUGGAUGUCUUUGUGUCUAUAAGUGUUGUUGCUGAGUGGCUCACUAAAGGUACCAUCAUGGCCAAGAGUUUGUU